AUGGCCCCGGCCACCAGCGCAACACCCAUUGUCAUACUGGAUAGUGACGAUGACGACUUGGGAAGCAAUUUGAAAUCAGAUAUUGAUAUUAAAGAAGAAGAGCGAAAACGAAAGGCUGAGCCUUCCUUUUCCGAAAAGGUGGAAUGGACCGACGAAUCCGAUUCUGUACCAGUGGCAAAGCCCAAGAAGAAGCGCGCAAAGAGAAAGUCGGCGCCGAAAAGAAGAAGCACCGGUGCUGGGAGGCCAGCGACUGAUGCCGACGAUGUCGUCCUCGACGAUGACUGGCAGCCCGAAUUGCCCGACUAUUUGAUUGAGCGACGACAGCAAUUUGACACGGACAGGAAGAAACAUCAUGAGGCCGCACUCAUGCUUCCACCAGACUACACCAGCAUAGAUCUUGGUGACAAGAAUGGCAUCAAAAACUUCAACGAGCGCCCUGUCUUCCCGGCUAGUAGCGGCAUUCGCCCCGUUCGCGCGUACGAGGUCAUUGAGCUGCCACAAUCAGCAGGCCUUAUCCCGGCGUCAAUCGCUCAGUAUCUGCGCGACUACCAGAUUGAAGGCGUCAAAUUUCUCCAUCGCAAGUUUGUUUAUCAGGAGGGUGGCGUUCUCGGUGACGACAUGGGCCUCGGCAAAACGGUGCAGGUAGUCGCCUUCUUGACCGCCGCGUUUGGCAAAACUGGCGACGAGCGAGAUAAUCGAAGGAUGCGGCAAAUACGAUGGUGCAGCACUGAUCGAUGGUAUCCUCGCAUUUUGAUCAUAUGCCCCGGGUCGCUCCUCAUAAACUGGAAGAAUGAGUUGGAUCGUUGGGGUUGGUGGCAUGCCGAGAUCUACCAUGGGCCGAACAAGGAUGAUAUUCUCGGCACAAUGAGAGCGGGCAUGUCUGAAAUCAUGAUCACCACCUAUGACACAUACAAAAACAGUCGUAGUGCUGUUAACAUGGUCCAGUGGGACGCCGUUAUAGCAGAUGAAUGCCACAAACUCAAGGGACACAAUUCUGAAACCACCAAAGCCAUGAACGAAAUCAACGCAUUAUGUCGCAUUGGGCUCACCGGCACGGCCAUUCAAAACAAAUACGAGGAGCUUUGGACGCUGUUGGACUGGACCAACCCAGGCAAUUUCGGCACCAGGGCAGAAUGGAGCCAAACAAUCAGCAAGCCGCUGGCCGUCGGCCAAUCCCACGAAGCUACCUUGGCCCAGCUGAGUCUCGCAAGACAGACAGCCCAGAAGCUCGUUACCAAUUUACUCCCACGCUAUUUUCUACGGCGAAUGAAGAGUCUCAUCGCCGACCAACUGCCCAAGAAGACGGAUCGUGUCGUCUUCUGUCCGUUGACCGACCUUCAAAAGCAAGCAUACGACAACUUCCUCGAAAGUGACGAUGUCUCUGUCAUACGUAACAUUUCCGAGACAUGCCAGCAUGACAAGAAGCUGGGCUGGUGCUGCGGGCGAUACCUCAGCGACGGCCGGACCUGGCAGAGCGCCGUGUUCCCCAGCAUGAUGUCCUUGCAGAAACUCUCCAACCACAUGACGCUCCUCGUGCCGUCGGCGACUGACCUCGAGGGCAAGCAAAGUUCCGAGCUCAACACGCUCAAGAUUUGCAUGCCAGACAGAUGGCAGACGCUCUAUGCGCAGCGCGACCAGAUUGGUAAUCUGGUGAACCCCGAGUUUUGCGGGAAAUGGAAAGUUAUGAAGAAGCUUCUCAAGUUUUGGCACAGCAAUGGUGAUAAAGUGCUUGUCUUCUCCCACAGCGUUCGUUUAUUACGUAUCUUGCAGCACCUCUUCACCAACACGAGCUAUACAGUGAGCUAUCUAGACGGCAGCUUGAGCUACGAGCAGAGACAGGAAGUUGUCGACACCUUCAACUCCGAUCCGACGCAAUUUGUAUUCCUCAUCUCGACAAGGGCAGGUGGUGUUGGCCUCAACAUUACGUCGGCCAACAAAGUUGUCAUUGUUGACCCGCAUUGGAAUCCCUCGUACGAUCUUCAGGCACAGGACAGGGCGUAUCGCAUCGGUCAAACUCGUGAUGUCGAGGUAUUCCGGCUGAUUUCACUCGGCACCGUUGAAGAAAUUGUCUACGCGCGCCAAGUCUACAAGCAGCAGCAGGCUAAUAUUGGCUAUACUGCGUCAUCAGAGCGUCGCUACUUCCGUGGCGUCCAGCAAGAUGCAGAUCGUAAGGGCGAAAUCUUUGGUCUGUCCAACAUUUUCACGUUUCACAGUGAUAGCGGCCUACUACGUGACAUUGUCAACAAGACGAAUAUUGCGGAAGCGAAAGUCGGUGUAACGCUGGCAGAAGUAGACAUGGGCCAGGCAGCAAAAGACGAGGACGGUCUUGUCCCCGUAAAAGCCGAGAAUGGUGACGACGACAACGGCGUUGGCCAGCUCGCGGCUCUCCUCACAGCUGAGGACCGGAAGCCAAAGCCGGAUGGCCGGAAGGUGACACCGCGUAAGAGCGAUGCCAUCCAGGCCAUUCUCGCAUCGGCGGGGGUUGAAUACACGCACGACAACGCCGAGGUCGUCGGCACCUCCAAGAUUGAGGAGCAGAUCUCACGGCACGCCGCCAUGGCCUCGUGGGCCGACGACGCGCAAGGUCAGAAUGCCCUGUUCGCGGGCAGCCAAGACGGGAUCCAAGACCUGGACGCGCUACACAGAAUGUACAACCCGCCUGAGGACGUGCAGCUGCGGCAGUUUUGUGAGAUGGCGCGCGAGUUUGGCUUCGCGACCGCGCAGGAUUUUGCGCUCGUCGUGGAGGGGUGGACGCAGGAGGAGCGGCGCAACUGCUUGGACACGUUUUACAAGCGGCGCCAGGAAAAGAUUACACGGGAGGCCCAGAGUGGGUUGGUCAGGGAAGGGGGGGGCGAGGAGGUCGGGAAGCGGGAGCUGGAUGACGGGCCAAUCCUGCCGAGUGUAGACGUCAAGGCUGAGGAUGUCAAACAAGAGUCCGUGAAGCGAGAAGCCAAGGACGAGGUUAAGGACGAGCUAAAAUACGAGGUCAAGGACGAGAUCUACGACGAGGUAAAGGACGAGACUACAGACGAAGUCAAGCGUGAGGUCAAACAUGAAGUCAAGAGCGAAGGCGCGGAUGAUGUCAAGCAUGAGGUCAAAGAUGAGACCAAGGACGGGAUCAAAGAUGAAAUCAAGAACGAGAUCAAAGACGAAGAAGUCAGGAGCGAGAUCAAGAGCGAUGUCAAGGACGAGGCCAAGCUAGAUCUCGCCGACGUCAAGCAUGAAUCUCGUGCAAAGACGGAACCAGAAGAUGUCAAGAUGACCAACGUCAAGUCCGAGGGUGAAAGUAAGAGGGUGUCCAUAUUUUUGAUGGACGACGAUGACGAUGAUGAGCUUUGA